GGCUCCUUUAAGCCCCCGGCACCGCCCCCACCGCCCCGCCCCCCGCGGCGGUCUGGGUCUGGUUGGCGACCCGGUCGGGUCCGCGCGGACCGUGAUGGAGCUGCACAUCCUAGAGCACCGGGUGCGGGUGCUGAGCCUCGCCCGCCCAGGUCUCUGGCUCUACACCCACCCGCUCAUCAAGCUACUCUUCCUACCCCGCCGCAGCCGGUGCAAGUUCUUCAGCCUGACGGAGACCCCCGAGGAUUACACGCUCAUGGUGGACGAGGAGGGCUUCAAAGAACUACCCCCAUCUGAGUUCCUUCAAGUGGCUGAGGCCACAUGGCUGGUGCUGAACGUGUCAUCCCACAGUGGUGCAGCAGUGCAGGCUGCUGGGGUCACCAAAAUCGCGCGCUCAGUCAUUGCACCACUGGCCGAGCACCAUGUGUCUGUGCUGAUGCUGUCUACUUACCAGACGGACUUCAUCCUGGUGCGGGAACAGGACCUGUCUGUGGUGAUCCACACACUAUCCCAGGAGUUCAACAUUUACCGAGAAGUGGGCGGGGAGCCUGUGCCUGUUGCCAGGGAUGAUUCCAGCAAUGGCUUUCCCCGUUCUCAGCAUGCAGGACCCAGCCCCACUGUGCAUCCCAUCCAGAGCCCACAGAACCGCUUCUGUGUCCUUACGCUGGACCCUGAGACACUGCCAGCCAUUGCUACCACCCUCAUCGAUGUUCUCUUCUACUCAUACAGUGCCCCCAAGGAGGCAGCCUCUGGUGGUCCUGGACCCAGCUCUAUUACAUUCUUUGCCUUCUCCCUCAUCGAGGGCUACAUCUCCAUCGUCAUGGAUGCUGAGACACAGAAAAAGUUCCCCAGUGACCUCCUGCUGACCAGCUCCUCGGGGGAGCUGUGGAGGAUGGUGCGCAUCGGUGGACAGCCCCUGGGCUUUGAUGAGUGUGGAAUCGUGGCUCAGAUCGCAGGCCCCCUGGCUGCGGCCGACAUCUCUGCCUACUACAUCAGCACCUUCAACUUUGACCAUGCCCUGGUGCCUGAGGAUGGCAUCGGCAGCGCCAUUGAGGUCCUCCAACGACGGCAGGACGGCCAGGGCUCCUGAGGCCUCCAUGCUGUCCCCUCACCCCAGGCUUCCAGAGACUUCUCUAAGCUAUUUCCUCAAGCUCUGGGAUGAGUCCUCCCCACCCCCAUUCCUGCUGGGGGACCCCUCCUUCUGCUCUCUGUAUGUAAGCUGCGUGCAGGCACCGGCUCUCACGUGGACACGCGUGUCUGCCCACGCAGGGGAACACGGUGCUCUGGGCUUCCUCCAGGAAGCCCUCACCCCUCACUCCCUGCUCGGCCUCAGUGUUUGCACAUUCCCUGCCUGAGGCCCAAGACAUCCCCCCUCUCAGUGCCCUGAGCCAGCUGCUCCCUUGGACAGGGCCCUGGUCUCCAUUCUGCUUCUGGCUGGGUCACCUUCCCUGGCCAGGUGAGUUCUGACAGUGCCUGCCCCUCCCGGGGCCUCCAAGAAAAGUAUUUUUACAUCUUUCUCCCUUUUUUAUUGACUUAUUAAUAAAGGCUUAUAGUUAUAAAGG